AUGUCUCCAAUCAACUUUUUUGUCGCCAGUCUGAACUUCACGCAAGCGGACAAUGCAUUCAAGGCUCUGCACCAAUUUGCCGCAGAGCGCAGCUUGUUCAUGAGUCUCAUCGAGUGGUCAUGGAGUAACAAGACUACCGACUGGCUAUCGCAACCGUUGGUAUAUUCGGUCAUUUUAGCAUGGUGGAUCACCUUCACAGCCGCCACACUCCUUCUUGGCUUGCUUGGGUUUGGUCCUAAGGGAAUCAUAGCAGGCACUUUAGUAGCUUCCUUCCAGUCAUGGGUAUACGGUGGAUUUACACCAGCUGGUGGUAUAUUUGCAACUCUGACUAGCCUUGCUAUGCUCGGAUACUUCAUGCGAUUGCAAGCAGGAGUUGCAUUUGUCAUUGCUACGGGAGUCGCGGUCACUGUUUACUCAUUUCAGAGUUAG